AGCAGAGCGGACUGACCGCAGUCCCGCGAGGAACACUGAAGAGACGGACAGAGAGAGAGAGAGAGAGAGAGACAGAGAGAGAAAGAGGGAGAGAGACAGACAGAGAGAGAGAGAGACAGAGAGAAGAAAACCCAGGGAAAGUGAAGAGAGGAAAGCUGUAGGGAGAAAAGUGAAAACAUCUGGAUUAUUUACCAAGAAAAACUUAAAACAGCCGCGCGACUGUGAGAUAUCCUGCACCACACAGCUGAGAGGAGUUUUGGAGAGACGAACCCAGCAGUCCUUGGAGAUACUGGAGAAAGACAGACCAACCCUGACUGGUUUGAACAAUUUUCAGUCAAUCACGACCAACACCAGAAAACUCGUCCGCUCAGAGCACCACUCGUGGUUUCUUUCGAACCGGUGCUCGCACCGGCAGAUCUAAAUGUAUAAGAUGGAUUACUCCUACCUGAACUCCUAUGACUCCUGCAUGGCGGCAAUGGAAGCGUCGGCCUACGCGGACUUCAGCUCGUGCAGUCAGGCCAGCUCCUUCCAGUACAACCCGAUCCGGAGCGGACCCUUCUCCAACCCGGGCUGCACUCCGCUCAGCACGGCCAGCUGCACCCUGGGAGCCCUGCGGGAGCACCAGCCCACGCCUUACUCCUCAGUCCCUUACAAGUUUUUUUCGGACCCCUCCGGUCUAAACGAGAAGAGGAAGCAGCGGCGCAUCAGGACCACCUUCACCAGUUCCCAGCUUAAAGAACUGGAGCGGGUCUUUGCCGAGACGCACUACCCGGACAUCUACACCCGGGAGGAGCUGGCACUGAAGAUCGACCUGACUGAGGCCCGGGUACAGGUGUGGUUUCAGAACAGGCGUGCAAAGUUUCGUAAGCAGGAGCGUGCGGCCAACGCCAAAGCCAACAGCUCUGGUGGCACCUCGGGCAGCACCAGCAGCAGCAGCAACUCUGGGGGGAAGAAGGGCGGAGAGCCGAGAUCUUCAUCAGACGACGAUGAGUCCAAAGAAUCCACCUGCAGCCCCACACCUGACAGCACGGCCUCCCUGCCGGGCUCGGCCAACGGGAACUUGGGCAGCCCUGCCAGCCUGAGCCCGAGCCCAGCUCCUGCCAACAGCGGCUACGCUAACACCUCCAGCUCUCCGGUUCUCCAGGGGCUGAAGCCACCCAACUGGUCCAACCUGGGGCCUUCCAACCCUGCCGUGGCCCAGCCUGCCGUCCAGACUCAGGAGAUUCUGAAGGCCUGGCAGCCAGCGGACAGUAUGACCGGGCCCUUUGCCGGAGUCCUGUCCUCCUUCCACAGAAAACCCAACCCCACCAUCAAGACGAACCUGUUCUGAAGCACAGAGGAAGAGGAAAUGAGAAACGGACUUUAUGUGGUCUACUAGAAGAGUGACAUCUUAGCUUUUGUUGAAAGUCAGGACUUGUCCAUUAUAAUGCUGAAUUCACUGGUGUAGUCUGCUGUAGU